AAGAAAGGUUGCUUUAAAGCUUCUACCUUUAUUUCCUUUCAUAAAACAAAUAAAAAGCUUUCAACUUUCAACUUUGAACUAUUUUCAUUUUGAAAUGGGUGGAGAACAAAACAUCAACAUCAAAUCAUCAUGGGAACAAGACAUCUACUGGAACCAUUUCCAGUUCAACCAUUUUGUCCAAUUUCUUACUAAAGAUUUUCAUCAACGACUAGCACUUCCUCAAACAUUCUCACAUAAUGUAAAGAAGAAGUUGCCACAAGAUGUGUCACUCAAAGGUCCCAGUGGAGCUGUUUGGAAUAUAAUGCUAACAACUAGAGAUGAUAUUGUUUACUUCGCGGACGGUUGGCAACAAUUCGCGAAAGAUCACGCUUUGAAAGAGAAUGAUUUCCUUGUCUUCAAAUACAAUGGUGAAUCGGUGUUCGAGGUUUUAGUCUUUGAUAGAGAAAGUCUGUGUGAGAAGGCAACUUCUUAUUUUGUUGGAAAAUAUAAAGGGUGCUGUUGCAAGGAAAAGGACACAAACAAUAUUUCUAAUGCUGAAAACAUUUACUGGACCCAUUUUCAAUUCGUCCAUUUCACCCAGUUUCUACACAAAGAUUAUCAUCAACAACUUGAACUUCCCAAAACAUUUUCGGACAAUGUAAAAAAGAAGUUGCCGGAAAAUGUGACCCUUAAAGGUCCUAGUGGAGUUAUGUGGGAUAUAGGGCUGACAACUAGAGAUGGUAUGGCUUACUUCACAAAUGGUUGGCAACAAUUUGUGAAAGAUCACUCUUUGAAAGAGAACGAUUUUCUUGUCUUUAAGUACAACGGUGAAUCACUGUUCGAGGUUUUGAUAUUUGAUGGGGAGAGUUUCUGUGAGAAGGCAGGUCCUUAUUUUGUUCGGAAAUGCGGGCAGGCCGCCGCCCAAACCGAACAAGGUGGUGGAUGUUCUAGUAAGAGAAGGGAAACAGAUAAUUCUGUUGAAGAAGUCAAUACUCCUUCUAAUGGUGGUGAUGAAGGUGAUUCGCCUGAGAAAUCUGCACAUCUUAACGGUAUCCAAGUGCCGUUUGUUGCACCUUCUAACACUCCCAAUGGAAAGACUUCUAAUGCUGGUGUUGAAUCUUCCGGCCCCGAGCAGGAAAUGGAGGAUGCAGUCAAUGAGACCGACCCUACAGCUGAUCCCUCCCAAACAAAUGGCAAACGGGUAAGGAAAUCUGUUUAUGCCGCCACACCUGUUCAGAUUAAGCGGAGAGGAAGACCACCAAAACCUUCUAAUUCUCAAGGGAGAGCACUUAAUUGGGUUGCUGAUGCUGAACAUUCUCCAAAGUGUAGAUCAGGGACAUGUGAAUUGUAUACCUCAAAUAGAAGGCCUGUCACACAAAAUGAGAUAGAAAAUACCCUUCUGUUAGCUCAGGCAGCGUGCACCAACGAAUGUUUGCUUGUAACUAUGCGACCUUCACAUGUAUACAAGAGAUUCUACGUGUCAUUCCCUAAUAAGUGGAUACUAAGCUAUAUUUCUCCAUCAUCUCAAGAAGUGAUAUUGCGCAUGGGCGAGGGUGAAUGGAUUGCGAAAUACUGCUACCAUAAUAUCCGUAACAAUGGAGGCCUCACCGGUGGGUGGAAAUAUUUUGCCCUCGACAAUAACUUGGAAGAGUUUGAUGUGUGUUUGUUUAAACCAAGUGGCCAUUUGAUGGAUAGAUUGAUAAUUGAAAUGAGCAUUUUCAGAGUUGUUGAGGAGAUUACUCCUCUAACUGCAAUGAGUUCUCCCGGAAGGAAGAGAGGUGUUAAGAGAAGAGUGACUAGUUCCGUCCAAACAGAACUCGAGUCCAUUGAAGGUGCAUGAUUUUGUAGUCUGAGGAAGAUUCGAGGUUGGAAUUAUGCAGUGUAUGUUGUAUUGUUUGUGUUUAAACUUUGUAUUUGUAUGUUAUGUUGGAUUGUUUGACUUAUUUAGUCUUCUAACUAGGUAAUUCACCAUAUCAUAUGUAAACUUUGAUCUAUUGCAGUAUUUAGACCUUUUAAGGUUCAACUUUGAAAUGAUCUAUCUUUUUUUUUUCCAA